AAAGGUGCAUUCACACGUGCAAGGUGCAAUUAGAGCCCUGGGGGCGCCCCAGGACGCGUGUCAAGGGGCUCCAGGGGAAGUGCUUGGCGUGCAGACCCCACACAGAGCAGGAGGAGGCCCUGGCUCCCCUUGGACCCCCUCCCUUCCUUGAAACCCCCCCUUUUUCCUCCUGUUCACGUGAUCCAGAGGAAGGGCAUCAUGGCGCAGUCCUAGGCGGUGGAAGCAAGGACGGGGUGGGGGGGAAAUAAUAAUACUAGUACUAAUAAGGGGUGGGUGGGCUUGCAAUCCAUUGCAAAUUGGGGUCCCUAGAAAAUUGCAUUGGGUUGCAUUGCACUGCAAAGAAGAGAGAAGGAAGGAAGGAAGGGAGGGGAGAGCAUCCAUUGGGCCUUGGAGGAGGAGGGCGGGCGCCUCCUUCCCUCGGUGGCGCCAUGGUCAAGAUCUUUGUGGGCGGCCUUUCGCCAGCGGUGAUGGCGGAGGAGCUGCGCAAGCUGUUUGAGCAAUACGGGCAGGUGAACGAGUGCGACGUGCUGAAGAACUUUGCCUUUGUUCACAUGGAGAAGGAGGAGGAGGCGCACCAGGCCAUCGGGGCGCUGCACAAGAGCGAGUUCUAUGGGGCCCCGCUGACGGUGGAGUACGCCACCUCCAAGAUCCGCAACGCCACCAAGAUCUACGUGGGCAACGUCUCGGCCAAGGCCACCACCGCCCAGCUACGACAGCUCUUUGAGCGCUUCGGCAAGGUGGUGGAGUGCGACAUCGUCAAGAACUACGCCUUUGUCCACAUGGCCAAGGAGCGCGAGGCCAUGGAUGCCAUCCUCCACCUCAACGACACCCCGUUGGAGGACCAGAAGAUCUUUGUCACCCUCUCCAAGAGCAACGGCAGCCUGCGAGCCGCCAAGGGAACUCCCACCGUUGCUGCCGCGACAGCACCCGCCACCCCCGCCGGGUACUACUUCUCCCGCGGACGCAUCGCUGCCCCACCCACAUAUGCGCCAUACUGUGCCCGGGCCUGGUACGACCGCGAGUACUGCGACCGCUACUCCUACGAGCUCUACGACCGAGCCCGUGCCGCGUACGACCGGGCUUUGCCACCUCCACCUUCCGCAUAUCGGGAGCGGAGCCCCAUGGGCAGGCGGACUACUACUCCCACCACUGUCGUGGCCCAAUACGCUGACCCUUAUGCGGCAGCUGCGGCGGCUGCGGCGGCUGCGGCGGCAACCGCAGCAGCCAACCAAACGUAUAGCCAAGCUUACAGCCAGCCUGGCUAUGCGGCGGCAGCUGCAGCCGCAGCUACGUACUCCCAGUACAGCAUUGGCACCGCUUACAAUGUGGCGGAGUACUACGAGCGGUACGCCAGCGCCUACGCCGCCCAGUAUGCGCAGACGUUCUGAGUUCGAAACUUGAGCGUUUCUUCCAAGGCGGCGCCACAAAGGGUGUCUUCUUCCUUCCCGAAGGUUUUUCACGUCAAGGUUGGUGAUGUUUUUUCGGGGUCCGGUCGCCUCCUCUCUUGCCGUCCCUUUGCUUUUUCUCCUCCUCCUUCUCCUCCGUCCUUCCCCUCUUUUCCCUUCAUUCUUCCCUUCCAUCCCUCCGGUCGUAAAUCAAUGAAAACACUGCUUUGGGAGAAGCUUCACUUUGCUGGACGCUCCGAAGACGCCUCCGUUCUGAUUCCUCUUUUCCUCGGGCGCAUCCGCACUGCAGAAUUAACCCAGUUCGACGACGCUUCGGCCACCACGGUUCAAAGCAGUGUGAUCCCGGGAGGGGUUGUUGUUUGGCUUCACGUUCUCUCCGAACCAAACUACAUCUUCCGGGGAUCCCACUGGCUUGAUCCCGCAUUAAUUCCACAGUGUCGACGCUCCUCGCAAAGCCCUUGCUUGCUUGACUUCCUUUUGCUGAAUAUUCCUUCUUGUUAACAUUUGAUUUUCUUUAUUAUUUUGGGUUCGUUUUUUUUUCUCGAGCCUUUGUAUAAUAACCGUACCGUAUUUUUUUUAAUUUCCGAAAUGUAAUGACGGCAGAAUUAAAAACGGCUUCCACCGAA